AUGUGGGCUGACUAUAUUUUUAUGAUAGAUGCAGAUGUAUUCCUAACCAAUCCAUUGACUUUAAGAAACCUCUUAUUAAAAGAGAUGGAUAUUGUUGCUCCAAUGUUGAUAUCAGAUGGACUAUAUUCCAAUUUCUGGUGUGCCGUUCUUAUAAAUAUGAAAACUUUAGCAUCGGACUUACUGACAUAUGAUCCAAAAAAGAUUCCUGGUUAUAAUGGACCUCAAGAUGAUAUCAUAGCAUUCGCCGUAAACGCUAAAGAAAAUGGCAUGGAACUAAUGAUUUGCAAUGAGGAACUGUAUGGAUUUAUUCUAAUUCCCACUUGA